AUGUGCAAGCUUCUUGUGAAAGGAUUUUGGACAAGUUUGGAUGGAGAAUUGAAAAUAGCAGAAGGAAAUAUUUCUGAAAAUGAAAUAUUGGAUACUUUUUUGGCAACUCAAGAUGAUAAUGAGGAGGAUAAUGGGGAUGAUGGCGAUAUAGAAACAUCUUCAUUAGAAGAAGAAAAUAAUGAUAUAAAUGCUAAUGAGGAACUUCCAGAACCUUAU